AUGAACGACAGCGUUACUUUACGCGGCUGCAUUCUUAUGGAGCGCGGGAAUACGUAUGAUCUUCAUGAUUAUGAUAAAUCCGCAGCGGCCAUUGAAUUAGCCGUGGAAUGGGUCAAUCAGAAUGUGUUUCCCGCCAAUCUCACCAUGCAGACUAUUUACGUCGAUAUCGGAAGUCGAUGCUCGGGGAAACCGAUGGUAUUGUCGUAUGCCAUGGAUUUAUGGCAGAGAAAUAUUACUUGUAACGCGUAUUUCGGUCCCGGAUGCGGCACAGCUGCCGAGGUGUUGAAUGACUUUGCCGAAUAUCUUGGCACUCCCAUCUUUGGAAUGCCAGCCGCUAGUGUCGGAAUCAAAGCCCCAUUUGCGAAUUACAAACUGAUGAUCCGUGCAUCGGUGUCCCAUACAUCCAUGGCCUACGCCCUCAUCCGCUUUCUAACCUACUUUAACUACACUACACCAUAUUUCUUCCUUGAUACCUUCGGCACAUUCUACCGCGAAAUGCGUGUAUUGGUAUCAGCCACUUUUUUGCGUCGAAAUCCAGAACUAUAUUAUGGAUCCAAGGGCAAACGCUUCGACAGCUCCAUAACUACAUAUGAAGAUUACAGACGCUAUCUGCGGGCGGUGAUGGCAGUUUCGCGAGUGGUAUUUAUCAUGGCAAACGCUUCCACGGUUCGCCAGAUAAUGUUAGCGGCACUAGAUGAAGGAAUGACAUCAGGAGACUACGUUUUUAUUGCUGUGGAAUAUUUCGCAAGCGAUUUCUGGGGAAGAUUCACGUGGAGAUUUGACGAUGACCGUGAUGAGGAUGCACGCACAGCGUUUCGCACGCUCCUCUUACUAUCCAUACGAUCACCGGUGGACAGCAGUCUGAACACGUUUUGGAGCAACGUUAAAAGGCGGUCUAGAAGGGAAAACUUUUACCGUUUCAGCGCAAAUUCAGUUCCGGACAUGAUGGCUGUGAACUCGUACGAUACCAUCUACCUUUAUGCCAGUCUCGUUGUCACACUGCUAUCACGGGGACAAGACUUCCUUAACGGCUCGCUAAUUGCCGCCACCGCCAGUAACUUCACAUUCUUCAGCGUACCGCAAAGCCGUGUCUCCAAACUGGACGAAAACGGCGAUCGCAUUUUAACAUAUGCGUUUCGCAAUCUGGAUCCGAACAGCGGCCAAUUUAUUGAUUUGUACAUUAUUCCAUCCACUUUCGCUGGUGUGUUUCCGCUCGGCGUUCUGUACUGGCCCAAUGGUGACACGCUACCGCCAAACUCUCCCUUCUGUGGAUUCGAUGGAAAGGCGGCCAGGUGUCAAGCAGUGCAGGCCUCCACGAUGCCGACGAUUGCCGGAUCAGUGAGCGUUCUGGUGGUUCUAUUGAUACUGAUCCCGAUUGGAGUCUGCACAUAUAUUCAAAAAACUAUUGCCGCCAAACGUGAUCCUUAUUGGUGGAGAAUUUACCGACGGGAACUAGCUCUGGUUGUGGAUGAUGGAUCAAUCAUCGCGGACGACUAUCGUGCCGUUGGAAGGGAUAUGGGUGGCACCAUUGGGCAUCGCGAACGCUCGGUUACGUUUACCGAACCGAUGGAGAAAUCAUUUUCCGGAAAAGAUGACUUGGCUCAACUGGAUGCAGUGGCCCGAGCGUAUUUUGCGCUGCCUGUAAUAUACCGUUCAAAUCCAGUCGGACUGGCGGAUCUGCCGCAGCCCAAACACAAAGCGUCACCGCGGAUAAUAAAGAGCGUCAAACCGCUAAAAACACUGCACCAUACAAAUCUCCAUAAUUUUAUUGGAAUCGUGCUCAGCGACGACAAUGUGUGUCAGUACACCGUUGGUGAGUUAUGUCAUCGCAGAACACUGACUAGUCUGCUCCUGGCGGAAAGCUUUCCGCUUGAUCAAGCCUGCAAGAAUUCCCUAAUCAUGGAUAUUGUCGAUGUGGGUUGA